CUCCUAGUCAACUGCUUACUAAUAUUAACGUUAUCCACUGACUAGGUUUUCCUCCUGGGACUCAUCAUCUCCCUUUCAAUUCUACUUUAACACAUUCAAAUCCUUUCCACGAUUUCGUCCUCCCUCCCUUUUUUCCCCACAGUGAACCGUACGUACUAUACUUCCUUCUACUCAUAAUUUCUAAAUUAUUGCUUUAAUUCAUAAUAAUGGAGGGUGGAGGAGUAGGAGUAGAAGGAGAAGAGUAUAAUCCCCGGAGUGUGGAGGAUGUUUUUAGGGAUUUCAAGGCUCGUCGUGCUGCCUUGAUUAAGGCCCUUACCACAGAUGUGGAAGAAUUUUAUCAGCAAUGCGAUCCUGAGAAGGAAAACUUGUGCUUAUACGGACUUCCGAAUGAAGAAUGGGAGGUCAAUCUGCCUGCUGAAGAGGUACCACCAGAGCUUCCCGAGCCUGCUCUUGGUAUUAACUUUGCUAGGGAUGGGAUGCAAGAAAAGGACUGGCUAUCCUUAGUCGCAGUCCACAGUGAUUCUUGGUUGCUUUCUGUUGCCUUCUAUUUUGGUGCUAGAUUUGGGUUUGAUAAGUCCCACAGGAAGAGGCUUUUCAACAUGAUAAAUGAUCUGCCUACAAUAUAUGAAGUAGUGACUGGUGCUGCCAAGAAACAACAGAGAGAAAAAUCUUCCAUCUCCAGCCACAGUGGCAAAAAAUCCAAGUCAAAUUCUAAAGUGAGGGCACCAGAUUAUCAGGAGAAGCUUACGAAGUUGCAGCCUAAAGAUGAAGAGGAGGGCUUGGAUGAGCAGGAUGAGGAGGAGCAUGGCGACACACUUUGUGGUGCCUGUGGAGAAAAUUAUGCGGCAGAUGAAUUCUGGAUAUGCUGUGACUUAUGUGAAAAGUGGUUCCACGGCAAGUGUGUGAAGAUUACCCCUGCCAGAGCUGAGCAUAUUAAGCAAUACAAGUGUCCAGCUUGUAGCAACAAGAGGGCUCGAGUUGACAUAUAAAAUCGGAUAAUGUAGCAUCUUACUGCCUUUGUUGGAUAGGUUAUUCAGGUUGUUUGGCUCUAACUUAUGUAUUUGUAAUGGUUAAGCUUCAUCUUUGUAUACAUUUGGCUCUAACAUGCGGGAUGACCUAGGGUUCUAAUUGUUGGUUUAGUGAUAAAUAGUCUUAAUUCAGCCAAACAGGUCCACAUUGUGAUUUUAGAUAUUUAAUUUCUUUCUAUUUUAGUGGGAUUGAGUCUCUUUAUUGUGAUC